UGCGUGCGUGCUGCUGUGAUGACGCGCGGAUCAGGUGUUGUUUCAUAUAUCGCUGGGAGCUGUCUUGGUGCUGAAAACAGAACCGCUCGUCCUAAGACUGGGAGGAGAUGCUAUACACGUUCACUACUGCGGUCUGAGCAUCUUGCCAAAGGCUGCAAUAAGAUGCUGUCACUCUUUAAACUAUCCACAGGAAAACCUGUUGUUCUCGCUUUCCUCCUCCUCCAUGCAUUCUCUGUGCAGGGCGCGUCCCGCCCUCGCCACCACAGGCUCAGAGGUGGGGAGGCCGAAGAGCUGCAACCCGCCGUCUACCCGCCCAGCUCCGAGAUGAUCAAAGCCCUGGAGUACAUCGAGAGCCUGAAACAGCGGACAGACGGGGGCCAAGAGAGAGAGGAGCCAACAACAGACUAUGAUGAGGUCGAGAAGUUCCGCAUCCUCCUGCAGCUCACCUCUCUCCAGGGUGAAGGCACACCCGAAAGGCAGUCCUCCCCGCCGGCCCAGAGGCAGCAGGACAUCCCGGCUGAGCAGUUGGUGAGAGCCUUGCUCAGGACCCUCCAGGAACAGCUCGCUAGUCCCUCCAGACCCGCCCUUGUGGUGCCGGGGAAUGACCGCAGCGUGCACAGGCACCCCUCAGCAAACACAGGCAGCCCCGUGAACACGCCUGCUUACAGUGGCUUCCCGAGGCCGCACAAGAAGUACCCGCUGAUGUUCGAGGACGAGGAAGAUAGAGACAGCCCCAAGCGCGCCACAGAGGACCUGAAGGAAAAAUACACCCCUCAGAGUCUCAACAAUCUGCGAUCCAUCUUCAAAGAGCUGGGGAAACCAUCCACCUCCAACAACCAGAAGCGCCAAAUCUUUGACGAUGAUGACGAUUUAUUCAGUCCGAGGAACCUGGCCUACGAGGAUGUGGCGGGUGGGGAGGAGUGGAUUCCUGUAGAGGAGAAUGUCGAGACUGAGGAGGUGGUGAACAGGAGCCACGAGGAGUUCGACAGGGCUCUGCAGCAGAACUAUGACGAGGAGGAGGAAGAGAAGGACGACGGAAUGCAGAUGCAGCGCAGAGCUGGCCAGAAUAAAGAGGACCCAGAGGAAGAUACUAAACCAAUAGAUUAUUACCUGUUGAAGAUUCUGGGAAUGAGUGAACAUGAGACAGACACGAGGCAAACCGGAGAGCAAAAAAAGAGACUAAUCCGUCACUCCAUGGUGGACCCCCGGGCCCUGAACGAGCUGUUAAAGAUCUCCCUCAAACUCCACAUCCCCCCCGAGGAUCUUAUCGACAUGCUGAUCACGGAGGAAAUCAGAAAACUGGACCAUCACCCACAAGCCAUCCCCCGCUACAGGACCAGCAGCAACCCGAAGAUCAGAUACUACAGCCGGAGACUGCCAGUCAAAAAUGCUCCUGAAGACAUGGACGAGGAAGACUUCCUGAAUAUCGUAGAAAUGGAAACCAUCAGUAACGACUAUCCUGUGAGUCGGCGGCCGCUCAAGAGUGCCCCUUCCCCUCCCAGAGUUUCAGCACCACCCGCCCCGGCGAGAGUUUUAGCACCAGCACCGCCUCCCGCGGCUGCUCCAAAAGUCCCAUCCUCAUCCGGCCGAAGGGAAAAUUUAUUUAUGUCGGAGCUCAACAAGAUGCCUUUUAAGAGAGAAUCUGACAACGAUGAGGCGGACGAAGAUGAGAUGAUGACAUUUCUGGCGGCCAAAAUAUUAACUAAGUACCCCAGCACGAUCAGCAAACGCAACACCCAAUCUCAGGCGAAUGGACAGUUUCCUUACGAGCUAUACGAACAAGCCAUGAAAGAUUACUUUGACCAAGCGGACACAAUGACAAAGAGAGAUUCAGAGGGUAAUGAGGUAGUGGAGCCCGCGGAGAUGCAGGUGAAAGAUCAGGUUCCACAGGAGACCGCAGCUCCUGAGACAGCGGAGGAAAAGGAGCAUCACGUAAAACCUGUUGCUGGAAUGUAGGCUACGCCGUGAAGACAAGCGACUUAAGACAUCCUCUACUAAAUAAAUGUUUAUGCUAUCAAUAACCAUUCUGCUAGUUUACAUAAAAUGUGUAUAUAUAAUAAAGGGAAUCAUAUAUUAAUAUAUAUAUAUAUAAAACGUAUAUAAGUGUGCUGGGCUGGAGGCAGUGUGUGUGUCGUGUAUAUAUCUGGGUUUGUGAGUUCCCAAUCUUGUAACAUUGUGAAAAUGUCAUUCCCUGAUAUAGGCUAGAGAUUAAGAUGUCACCAUCCUGCCUUCCAACCCCCUAAUGCUGCAAGCGCUGUAAUUGUUGGACUCUUUCGGUUGUUGUGGUAUAUCUAUAUACACGCUAAUUUCUAAACCAUUUUGUACAUGUUCAAUAAUGUGUGACAAGUUGGAGACGAAUAAAGCAUUAGCGUAUUAUUUUCUU